AUGUCCGAAAAGGGCAGUGAAACUUCGGACAUCGUAAAUGAAAAAGACAUAGCUGGACAGCAGAUGUCAACUUUAGAAGCAGGAGACCACGUAGAGGACCUGGAAGAAACUUAUCGAACACAACCUGAAGCAACUGAACCGGAGACUAAUUUAGAAGCUCUACAGAGCGAAAACACAGAAGAAACCCAUCCUGCUGUAGUCCAAGAAUUGUACUCGGAAACUUUGUUUCCAAUAAGCGACAAAGAGAAUGGGACAGUAGUCCUAGAUCACUCAGAAGAAAAUACUGCGGCUCUGGGGGAAGUAGAUGAUUCGGACCAUGAUGAUGUCAGUUUACAAGACAAGACUGUGGUGCAUAAGAAAACGACAUUUGCUGCUGAUGUUGGGAACUCAACGGCCACAGUGAAGAUGCUCCUACCCGAAGGCCACGUGAUGACUUUGGCCUUUGCCAUCGGCCUUACCAUUCAGGAUUUAAAGAAUCACUUCGCAAAUGAGCUGAAAAUAUCACCGGACAUCAUACAGGUGUCACUUGAUGGCAGCGUUGUUACGGACAGGGAUACACUCGUUGAUUUGGGUGUCCAGCCGCACGGCACCAUCCAACUCGAGAUGUCCUCCAUAGACCCCGAAAACCAUCCCAUCCGGCCGGUUAAACUCCAGACAGAGUAUAACAUGCCGGACGUCAUCACCGUCAGGGUCCAGGCAGGAACGGACACGUACCAGGACGUGGUGGUGGAAAUUGAGAGGGCCACACAAAGGAAGGCCUUUUUGGGAGGAUACCGACACAAGGUCACGGGCACAGAGUUCCACCACUGCGCUGUGCAGACCCUGGCCAAGAGACGUUUUGGCAGGGGUGUGGAGACAUUCUGCCGUGACACCCAGACAGUGCAGGUGAAGAGCCAGGCCCAGCAGUGCUCCAGCACCAUAGCCACUCAGAUUAACAAGAUUGGCUGCUACGUGUCCAACAUGGAGGACAAGCUGGUGACCCCUGGGCCCUACGUCACAGCCCAGCAGUGCAUCUUCCAGAAGAUGAAGGCAAUCUUAAUUCUCCAAAAGUACGCAAGACGCUGGCUCGCCAAGUGCCAGGUGGAUCAGCUGAGGCAGGAGAGGGAGGAGCGUCUGGAGUGGCUGGAGAGCCAGAAUGCCAGGAAGCUGCUGGAGAAAGAGAAGCAGGUGGAGGAGGAGUACCGUCGGAGGAUGAACCCCCAGACCAAGGAGGACUUCGCUCUGCUCUACAGCGCCCUCGAGAGGUGGCGGAAGGAAGAGGUGGAGCGCAUCGACGCCAUGCAGGAAGGAGCCAAGCGGAAGGGAGCCCUGUGCACCCUGCUGAACGAGGAGACCCAGCACAUCGCCUCGAUCGGACAGCACCGCCUAGUGGCAGCCAAGAAGAACGAGGAGAAGGCCGUCCAAGCUCUCCUGGACAAGUGCGCGGCGCCCAAGGCGUGGAAGUCAUUGGACGGGAAGGUGACAGAGAUGGACACACAGAGCACCAUCAGAGCGAGGGAGCUACAGGAGCUGUACUCCAGCCUCAACACGCCGUACAGCCAUCCCGAUGACCGGCUGGGGGUGCUGCAGGCGCUCAGGGACACCGUCAAGGAGCAUGACUGCAAGCUGACACGGGAGAUCUUGGACCUUAUUUCCCGGGAGGAUGACCUCAUGGCCCGAGAAGUCAAGAGUGUCAAUCUAGAGGGUCUGAGGAAGAGGAUCUCCACACUCUUCCUCCAAUACAUCAAAACGCCAGCCUUCAACCCUGAAGUGGCCAGGCUUCUGAAGGUGCCCCCGAAGGCAGGGCAGAAGAGGAGUAAGAUCUACCGCUGCAAGGCCUGCAACAACUACCUGCCCUGCACAGGCUUCUCCAUGUCCAUCAGCGGCAGUCAGACAGCCCGCUGCCACCGCUGCUUGGAGCUGGACAACGAGGCACGGCGCAGGGACGACGUGUCCCUCUACAGGGACAUCCUCCAGAACCUGCGCAGCACUGAGGCAGAGAGGCUGCCCCAGGCCAAGAUCACCUACCUGCUGCAGGAGCAGGACCUGCGGUACCUGGUGGAUGUGAUCUGGGGGGCCCAGUCAGCCCUCAGUGCCUGUGAUGACAUGCGGGACCUGGUGAUGGUGCGCUGGGAGCGCGCCCAGGAGUGGAGCCCCUGGAACUGCAUCCUGCUCAACAAGGACGAGGCAUCCGCCCACCUGAAGAUGGAGAGCAUCCGCCUGGCAUACGGAACGUCGUUCAUCCGGAGCAUACGACACAAACACAUCCUGGCCCGGAAUUACUUCUCCGAGAUCCCAGCCAUGGCAGAACGCUUUGACAACACGGCCUACCUGCCUGCUGCCCAAUCCAGUGCCCCGGUGGCCCUGCCAGUUUCCACAGCAACUGAGUGACACCACCUCCAGAACCCCUGACUCCUCCCUCUCCAGGAGUCCAGUGACAUCACACAGCAUACCCAUUGGCUUAUUGGCUGGUUUUGGUGACAGUUGUGUCCAUAUUGUACCAAGUUGUUACAGCAUAUACAAGCUCAACGAAAGAAAGCAGUUAUCAAACCCUCUGUCUAUGGUUGAUUUUUUUAAAGAACCUUUUUAUCUUGCCCCCAUAACCCCUCUACCCCCCC